AUGUCCCACAUCUGCUACGUUGUCCCUCCUUAUCUCCUCAAGGGCAUCGCCGACGCCGAGUGCAAUAGUGAGCACGAGCGUCACGCUGCGAGACAGGCUCUCGAGCUCCGCGAACUCUUCACCACCCGUCGCGCCGAGCGACUGGCCAUUCUCGGCGGGCCACGUGCCCAGCGCAACCAGCUGUCCUCCCGCUCCCGCCCCUCCAUCAUCCCCGACGUAUUGCUCCGCCACAUCGCGGAGUCGUCAGAGGUAGACGACGACACCAGGGCCAACGCCCGACGGGACCUCGAACACCUGCAAGGUCUCCAGCAGAAGAUCCAGCAGUCCCAGCAGGGCCCCCAGGACCAGGCGCCCCUCGCUGCUGUCGCCGCCAAAGACCCCAAGAAGUCCGACGCGACUUAUCGCGCCGUUUAUGACGCAAAGAACUCGGACAAUGAGCAAGACUUGCCCGGCGAUGUCGUCCGUGUCGAAGGUCAGAAGGCUGUGGACGAUAAGGCAGUCAACGACGCCUUCGACAACGUGGGCAAAGUCUUGGAGAUGUACAAGGAAAAGUUCGGUUGGCUGUCUAUUGACAACAAGAACAUGAACGUCGUCAGCUCGGUGCAUUUUGGCAAGAAGUACGAGAACGCAUUCUGGGAUCCGGAGAGAAUGCAAAUGGUGUUUGGCGAUGGUGGGGAGUUCCUGAAUAACUUCACCGGCACCAUCGAUGUCAUUGGCCACGAGCUCACUCACGCGGUCACGGAGCACACCAGCCCCUUGGACUACCAGGGCAUGAGCGGUGCCCUCAACGAGCACGUCUCCGACGUAUUCGGCAUCAUCGUCAAGCAUAUUGUCGAGAAUGAAACGGCUGACGAGGCCGACUGGCUGAUCGGCGAAGGCUGCAUCAUGCCUGGCGUCAAGGGGGUUGCUCUUCGGAGCAUGAAGUCGCCCGGAACCGCCUACAACGACCCGCGUUUUGGGAAGGAUCCCCAGCCCGCUCACUUCAAGGACUACGUCCCGACCUUUGAAGACAACGGCGGCGUUCACAUCUACUCGGGCAUCCCGAACCGCGCUUUCUACCUUGUAGCCAAGGCGUUCGGUGGUUACUCGUACGAAAAGGCCGGUCCCAUUUGGUGGAAAACCAUGAACUCUGGCCGUGUGCCUCCCCGCUGUACCUUUGUUCAGUUUGCCGAUGUGACGACGGAGACGGCCGAGGAGAUGUACGGCGACGAGGCUGGGAAGGUGGUAAGGGACGCUUGGAACGAAGUGGGGGUGAAGAGGAAGGGCAACUAG